UUUUACAGACGUCGCUCUGUUCAAGAUUUUGACAGAUUGAUACAAACAUAACCUCAAAAAUUUUAAUUUUUCAAAAACUUAUUUUUUGUGAAUGUGAUGCCUUCUAUGGGUUUUCAUGGCGAACCCAAAAAGCCUCGAGGCCCGUCAGGCUUACAUCGACCAGAAUCCAUUCGAGGGCUUCAAAAUCGACGAUAACUCAAUUUUGGGAAAAUUAAGCGGACGACACGCUUGCCCCAAGUGUAACAAAUCAAGGAAAUACUUCUGCUAUUCCUGCUACGUGCCUAUUUCCGAACUGGAGGGCGUGCUCCCUACUGUGAAGUUACCAAUUAAAAUUGAUAUCAUUAAACACAAGCAUGAAAUUGAUGGGAAAAGCACAGCCGGACAUGCUGCAGUUCUAGCACCUUCUGACGUGUCAAUUUACACUUAUCCGGAGAUUCCUGAUUAUAGUGGCGAAAAUGUCGUUCUUAUUUUUCCAAGUCAACACGCCAUCAGUAUUAGUCAAUUAGUGAAACAAGAAAAUUACGAUUGUGUAAAAAAUAGCAAUAAUUCGCCUUUGGAAGCGGUGCCAAAGGGUUUCAAUCCCGGUACUUUAAUGAAAAAUGUCUUAAAAUGUGGUGAUUCCAUCACAGUAGAUAACUCAAACAAGCUUCCAAUAACUAAAGCAAUUUUUAUUGAUAGUACGUGGAACCAAAGCAAGGGAAUUUACAAGGAUGAAAGGAUCAGGAAAAUCCCUUGUGUGGUGAUCCAAAAUCGCAUUUCACAAUUUUGGAGGCACCAAAAAGGCAGUCCCAGGUGGUACUUGGCCACUGUUGAAGCAAUCCAUCAGUUUUUGAUAGAGUUACAUUUACACCGUUGGGGACUCAACCCUAAUUAUAAGGGAAUUUAUAACUGUUUUACCGAGAUUGCGUUAAGUGAGUACGAUUCUUUGUAUAGGGACAGUGCAAAUGCGUAUAACGGACAGUACGACAAUUUGUUGUAUUUUUUUAAACACAUGUAUGACUUAAUCCACGCCUAUUACGACCACGAUAAUUUGUAUGCGUACAGGAGGCGAUUAAUGUGAUCAGUUUUAUAGAAUAAAUCGCACUAGUUGCUAAUAAUUAUA